GGAAGAAGGGAAGGAAGGAAGGAAGAAAGGAAGGCGAGCAGGCGGCAAAGCUUUCUUUACGCUGUAACAUAGGGACGGGACUUGUGUGUGUACUCGGUAGUUUCUGCUGUUUGAUGAGUUUUUUGUGCGUGUGUGUCAGCCCCAGAUAUUACAGCUGUGAUCAGGAGGUGGAUGGAUGGAUGGAUGGAUGGAUGGAUGGAUGGAUGGAUGGAUGGAUGGAUGGAUGGAUAGAGGGGUGGAUGGACACACAGAUCUUUUUUAUUUCAGCGCGCGGAUCCCGUUCUCGUGGCGGUAUUAAGGGCAGGUUGGGCUGUUUCUAGUCUUUUGAACAGACCUUUAUGGCACCAGCCCAAGGUAGGAACGGAUCUUUUGUUGCUGGGGUUGCAGCUUGCAGGCUGAGACGCUUCUGCAGGGGGAGAAGCUAUGCAGGACAGCGUGCUUGGAAGAACCGCAGCCGGGGUUUUAAAUGACAAACCUCCAGUUUUGGGGUCUUCUUUUCACUUCUUCCUUUCAGAUACGUCAUGACGGAUCAAACAGUUACCGUUUGAUGCAGCUUGGAUGCCUGGAGUCCGUGGCCAACUCGACCGUCGCCUAUUCCUCCUCGUCUCCUCUCACUUACUCUACCACGGGCACCGAGUUCGCCACCCCGUACUUCUCCACUAACCACCAGUACACCCCACUGCACCACCAGUCCUUCCACUACGAGUUCCAACACAGCCACCCGGCAGUCAACCCCGACGCUUACUCCUUGAACUCUCUCCAUCACUCCCAGCAAUACUACCAGCAGAUCCACCAUGGGGAACCCACUGAUUUUAUCAACCUGCACAAUGCGCGGGCGCUCAAGUCCUCCUGUUUGGACGAGCAGAGGAGAGAGUUGGGGUGCUUAGAUGCUUACCGCCGCCACGACCUGUCUCUUAUGAGCCAUGGGUCCCAAUAUGGGAUGCAUCCAGAUCAAAGACUCCUGCCAGGACCAAGCCUCGGGCUUGCAGCCUCGGGAGCAGACGAUUUGCAGAGCUCAGUGGAGGCCCAGUGUGGACUUGUACUGAACGGACAAGGUGGUGUGAUAAGAAGAGGUGGUACCUGCGUUGUUAACCCCACUGACCUGUUCUGCUCUGUACCUGGUCGCUUGUCUCUACUCAGCUCCACUUCAAAGUACAAAGUGACCAUUGCAGAGGUGAAGAGACGCCUUUCACCGCCAGAAUGCCUCAACGCUUCCCUCUUAGGAGGUAUUUUGAGAAGAGCAAAAUCUAAGAAUGGAGGACGUUGCCUGAGAGAAAAAUUAGACAGACUGGGACUGAAUUUACCUGCAGGAAGAAGAAAAGCAGCAAAUGUCACACUCUUGACUUCCUUGGUAGAAGGGGAAGCGUUACAUUUGGCCAGAGAUUUCGGCUACACCUGUGAAACAGAAUUCCCUGCCAAGGCAGUAGGAGAGCACAUUGCCAGACAGCACAUGGAACAGAAAGAGCAGACAGCAAGGAAAAAGAUGAUCCUAGCAACAAAACAAAUAUGUAAAGAAUUCCAAGACCUUCUGAGUCAAGACAGGUCACCCCUUGGAUCCUCCAGACCGACUCCAAUUCUAGACCUUGACAUCCAGAGACAUUUAACACAUUUCAGUUUGAUCACUCACGGUUUCGGAACUCCUGCAAUAUGUGCUGCCCUAAGCACUUUCCAAACUGUUCUCAGUGAAAUGCUGAACUACUUGGAAAAGCACACAUCGCACAAAAACGGAGGAGCAGCGGAAUCCGGCCAAGGACACGCCAACUCGGAGAAAGCCCCCCUACGGAAAACUUCAGAGGCUGCUGUGAAAGAGGGCAAAACAGAAAAGACAGACUAGCUACAUCAAACAGAAUCUAUUUCAAGAGAGUCUUGCUGCUGAUAUUUUUUUUAAAUAUAUAUAUCAUUGAGGGCGAUUUAUCUCCAGUGGACCAAAUCCAAAAAAAAAGGGGGAAAAAAAAGAAAGAAAAACAAGGGGGGAAAGAAAGAAAAAGCAAACAGAAACAAAACAAAACAAAACAAAACAA